AUGCCAGCCCCGACGCGCCUCUCCGUCCAUUCCAUCCUCGACCUCUUCCGCUCCCCACAGCCAGAGCUACUGGUCUCCGCGCACCGCGGCCUGCGGUGGGACGGCGUGCCGGAGAACAGCGCCGACGCCGUGCUCAACGCCGCGCGGUUCGGACUGCUGUGUAUCGAGGUCGACCUGCGCCUCACGUCCGACGGCGUGCCGAUCCUCUUUCAUGAUCGCCUGGCGGGGCGCGCGACCAACAUCGCAGAGUACUUGGGCCGCCAUGACGUUUAUAGUCCGUACUCCGGCGACGGGUACGCACCGGCGAUCAACACCCUCCCGUGGAGCGUUGUGCGGCAGCUCAACCUCAAGAACGAGCACGGCGAGAUCACCGACGCCCACAUCCUCGACUUUGCCUCCUUCCUCGACCUGAUCAAGGCGCACGGCGUGGACCUGAUCGUCUUCCUUGACGUGAAAUCCAAAGAGGCCAUGCCGAUCGCUUACGAGGUCAUGAAGAGCCGUACCAACGCCCGCGGCGUCCCAGCGUCCGACUGGUGCGUCUGGAAGCCCGCGGUCGAGUUCUACCCCAACCCUGCGAACCUCGAGGCGGAGCCGUGGUUCCAGCAUGCCCUGGCCACCGGCAAGCCGCAGUACAUCCCCGUCUUUGAGCCGUCCUCCGCGCGGGUGAUGGACGUGCUUGCUGCCGCCAAGGCGUACGCUACACGCCCGUACACCCUCGCCCUGGAGGUCGGCCUGCGCUCGCCCACCGGCCCGCUGCGUAACCUCGUUGACUGGGCCCACGGGGCCGGCAUCGCGAUGGGAUGGUUCGGCACGUUGGGCGAUAUCCACCCUGCUGAUGGGCGCGAGGAAGUGUAUGACCUCGCGGGCUUCGACCUCGCGGCGGCGCAGAAGCCCGGUGCCCCGCCCACUUGCUUCGACGAGGGUAUCCCGCCCACGUCGUACGACACCCUCCUCGCGCCUGGCGACGCCCCGGACGGUAAGGACUGGCGGUAUGAUCUCGACCUGUUCAAGGCCCUCGGAUACACCUGGAUCAUUGCUCCGCCGACCUCUUCGCGGCACAGCCUGCAUUCCAGGCGCCCGUGGACGCGGUGUGGCGCGACGCCCGGGUGA